AACAAUUGUUCGCGCCCUUGGUCAGUACCAUUUGAGGCGUUCCGGGAGGCGCAAGUGUUCAGAUAAGUCGCGUGUCCAUUUUUUUUGCUACCAUUCACGCGGCUUCGUGGUGCUGCGACGACAUCUUUCUACGGCGUGUAGCUUUUUGGUGUACGGAUACUCAUCAGCGGGGCACAUUCGAAGAUGGGUUGCAGCGAGUGGCUGGAGAUGAACCAGAAGAACAAACCGCAAAGCAACGCGCUGGCUACAGGGAUACUGACACUGCUUACGACUGGUUCCUACCUUGCCGCAACAUUGUUCGAUUCCGGGUUAAGCCACCAAGAGUGGACAUUCGGUCGGUCGCAGCCGGCCAUUACGUUUACGCUACUUGUGUUCCACGUGACCGCGGUCGCCGGUUCCAUCGCCGCCUACCUGCUGCUCGAGCGGUACACCAAGAAGCAGAUUAACUAUGUCCUGGUCGCGUGCGUAACUGUCGCCAGUAUCGUGGGGAUUGCCGUUCCCAGUAACCUGAUCGCGGUCGCCUUUGGCCGUGGUCUGAUGGGAUUCGCCCAUGGGCUUGCCUACCCGGUGGUGCUGGUACACGGUGGUGAAAUCGUCGUGAAGGAACUGCGUGGUGUCAUAAUCGCCAGCGUUAACUUUUGCAUCGUCAGCGGAGUGAUGCUAGGUUCGGUGAUCAAUACCAUCACUCAAGAAGACAUUCCUCCGUAUCGAUUGUUGGGCAUUCUCGGACUGGUUUACAUGCUACUGUCCGUCUUUCUCAACUAUUUCCUGUGCUACGAAUCACCGGUGUUCCUGGUGGAACGGAAACUCGACGGUCAAGCGAUCCAGAGUAUGAUCAAGCUGCGAAACGAGUCGAACGAGACGUGGCAGAUUCGCAACGAGUUGACCGAAAUCAAAACGAUGCUUUCGGAGGACGAACUUACGUCACGAUCGAUCCUGCAAGACGGUAACCUCCGGCCACUGGUGUUGAUCGCGCUGGGGAAGCUAGCGGCCGUCCUGUCCUUCAACUAUGCCGUCAACUCCAUCAAGUACAUCGUGAUCGAUCAGGCACUGGCCCAGGAUUACGAUACCUUCAGCCUAGCGACGACCAUUUUGAUGACGAUUCGAUUACUCGGCGGAAUGGUCGGUAUGUUCAUCGUGGAUGUACUCGGUCGCCGAGCUCUGGCUGCAGUUUCAUCGUUAUCCACCGGGCUACUGUUGGCCGCCAUUGGUAUCACCUAUCUCGCGACAGACUCCCUGUCCAGUGAGGUGGCGAUGGUGUUUCUUUUCGCCUGUGAAGUGGGCUCAUCGCUCGGUCUUACCUUUGUUCCGGAUGUGCUCUGUUCGGAGGCAUUCAAUACACGGAAGAAGCUGUUCUCGAUUGUUGUGGUACAGCUGGUGGAAAAUGUACUUCAGGUCAUCAUUUUUGCCAUUACGUUCGAGUGGAAUUUUGCGGUUCAGGAUCGUUACGGUGGAACGUUGUUGGUGGCCGGUGUGCCGCUGGUGGCCAUCGCUUACGUGCUGUACCAGAAGCUGCCCGAAACGUCCAAGAUGUCGAUUCGGCAAGCGCGUAUCGAGUUUUACAAACGGGACGGGAUAGUGUUCGGUGGCAGCAAGAACUCUGUUGAAGUGUUGUACGACUGAUCAGUGGCUGGAGCGGGACAGUAACGUCCUUUAGUAUUUAUGUAAAUAAUAAAGUAAUUAUAUUUAUUCAACCCCCCCC